CGUCGCCCCGCCCGCCAGGCUGGGCUGCGGGGUCAGGGGCCGAGCGGAGCGGGCUAUCAUUUAAAAUGGAAGAAGAUGAAUUUUUUGGAGAAAAAACAUUCCAGCAUCAUUGUUCAGAAUUCAUUAAACAUUCACAACAGAUAGGUGAUGGUUGGGAAUGGAGAUCAUCAAAGGACUGUUCUGAUGGUUACAUGUGCAAAACGCAUUUUCAAAUAAAAAGUGGGACUAUGGUGUCACAUCCAGGAACAUAUGCUGGUGUACAGACAUGUCCUCCUGUGGAGGAGGUUUUAGAGGUACCCUUGGAUGAUGCUGAAGUGACGGAGACUGCAGCAGCAUCUGAAGUGAUUAAAUAUGAAUAUCAUGUCUUAUAUUCCAGUAGCUACCAAGUGCCUGUACUUUACUUUAGGGCAAGCUUCUUAGAUGGGAGACCGUUAGCCCUGAAGGACAUAUGGGAAGGAGUCCACGAGUGCUAUCAGACGAGGCUGCUACAGGGACCAUGGGACACUAUUACUCAACAGGAACAUCCAAUACUUGGGCAACCCUUUUUUGUACUUCAUCCCUGCAAGACUAAUGAAUUCAUGGCUCCUGUAUUAAAGAAUUCUCAGAAAAUCAAUAGGAACAUCAACUAUAUUACAUCAUGGCUGAGCAUCGUAGGGCCGGUUGUUGGGCUCAAUCUUCCUCUCAGUUAUGCCAUAGCAACUUCUCAGGAUGAGUCAAAUGCCCUUUGACAAGAUUUUCCUAUUGAUUUUACAGAUUGUGGCAUGAAGAGCAUCAAGAGUUUACCUGACCAGCCCUGGUUUUAAUGAGAUCAAAACUGUGCAAUAUUACACAUUGCCAAGAUUUGACAUGGAAUUUUUUUUCCCCCAGGAAAAAAAUGUCUGUGGCAACUCAUAUUUGAUAGACUGAAUGUUUAGAAAAAACAUGUCAAAGAUACAAAUCACUGUAAAUAACAAAAAAUGAAUCUAGUUCAGUAAUACUAUA